UUCAAAUUUUCGCAUCGCUUCGUACUUUCCUACAGUUAGCGCUCGUUUUUCGCAUCUAUACAUAUACUGGUGUUUACCGCGAUAGAAAAAUAUUAUCAAGAAGGGAACGACAAGCACAACACACCAGACUUUUGGACCAACGAGCAAGUAUUGGAAAACUAGACCAUGCAGUCGACGAGCGCCACUGCAGACCCGGACGUUCGUCCCCGGAAGUUGGCCCAACAACCCCCGGAGGAGGAUAUCGUCAUAAGCGGCAUUGCCGGCCGGUUUCCAGAGUCAAACAACAUGAAACAACUCUACCACAAUCUCAUGUCGAAAAACGAUCUCAUAACCGAUGACGACCGGCGCUGGAAGUUGGACCACCCAGAAAUCCCUCAACGAACGGGCAAAAUAAACAAGAUCGAAAAGUUCGACUCCCUAUUCUUUGGGGUGCACUUCAAGCAGGCCCACACGAUGGACCCUAUGUGCCGGAUGCUGCUGGAGCACGCGUACGAGGCUGUGGUCGAUGCCGGGGUCAACCCGCGCACCCUACGAGGCUCCAAGACCGGCGUCUUCAUAGGCGCCUGUUUCUCCGAGUCGGAGAAAACCUGGUUCUACGACAAACUACAGGUCAACGGGUUCGGGAUAACCGGCUGCGCCCGGUCCAUGCUGUCGAACCGCAUCUCGUACUUUUUGGGCAUCACCGGGCCCAGUUACACCGUAGACACGGCCUGCAGCUCGAGCCUCUUUGCCCUGGAGCACGCGUACAGAGCGAUACGCGAGGGCCUGUGCGACGCGGCGAUUGUCGGGGGGGCCAAUCUGUGCCUCCAUCCCUACGUGUCGAUGCAAUUUUUCAAAUUAGGCGUGUUGUCGGUGGACGGUCGUUGCAAGACCUUCGACGAGGAGGCCAACGGGUACGUGCGCAGCGAGUCCAUAGCGGUGAUAUUCCUGCAAAAGGCCAAGGACGCGAAGCGAGUUUACGCAACGGUCGUCCACGGCAAGAUCAACUGCGACGGUUUCAAGGAGCAGGGCGUGACCUUUCCCUCGAGCCACAUGCAGGGCGUCCUGCUCAAGGAGUUUUACCUCGAGUGCGGCAUUCCCCCGUCGCUGGUCAGUUACAUCGAGGCCCACGGCACGGGGACGCGAGUCGGCGAUCCCGAGGAGGUCAACGCCAUCGACUCGGUGUUCGCGGGAGACGCUCGCGAUUCCACGGACCCGCUCCUCAUCGGCUCCGUCAAGUCGAACCUCGGCCACAGCGAGCCCGCCAGUGGCCUCGUCUCCAUCGCCAAGGUCCUGCUGGCGAUGGAGUCGGGGGUCAUCCCCCCGAACAUAAACUUCAACAGGGCCAAGGAGGAGAUCGGUUCGAUCAGCGAGGGAAGGAUUAAAGUCGUCACGGAUGCCACGCCGUGGAAGGGUGAAUUCGCCGGCGUGAAUUCGUUUGGUUUCGGUGGGGCCAACGCCCAUGUACUGCUCAAGAGGAACUCGAAGCAAAAGGUCAACGGGGGCCAGCCCAACGACGACCUGCCUCGAUUGGCGGUUGUGUCCGGGCGAACGGAAGACGCAGUCAGCGCCAUACUGACCGACCUGGAGAGCAAGCCCGUCGACGUCGAGUACCUGAGGCUGCUGCACGAUAUACACUCGGACGACAUUACCAAUCAUCUGUACCGGGGCUAUACGCUCCUGCCGGCUCAUGGAGUCGCUAAUUUCCCGACUAGGGAGAUCAAACAGGUUUCCGGGACCAAGAGGCCGGUUUGGUUCGUCUUCUCCGGCAUGGGGUCGCAGUGGCCGGGAAUGGGUGAGGCUCUACUGAGAAUACCCGUGUUUGCCCAGGCCAUUGAAAAAUGCGAUGCGGCCCUGAAACCACUCGGCAUCGAUAUUUUCCACGUCAUUUCGAACAAGGACAAAAAGGCCUUCGACAAUAUUCUCCAUUCAUUCGUCGGCAUCGCCGCUGUCCAAAUCGGUUUAGUAGACGUUCUCCGCUCGCUCGGCAUCGAACCGGACAACAUAAUCGGCCACUCGGUGGGCGAGUUGGGCUGCGCCUACGCGGACGGUUGCUUCACCGCCGAGCAGAUGAUCCUCGCGGCUUACUCGCGCGGCCUCAUCUCCAUCGAGACAAAAGUCAUCCACGGCUCGAUGGCGGCUGUAGGCCUCGGCUACAAAAAUUUGAAACCCAUUUGCCCGUCGGACAUCGAGAUUGCCUGCCACAACGCGGCCGACAGCGCGACCAUCAGUGGGCCAGCAGAGUCCAUGAAGGCUUUCGUUGCCGAGCUCCAGGCAAAGAACAUAUUCGCGCGGGAGGUGGCGUGCAGCAACAUCCCGUACCACAGUCGUUACGUGGCUCCGGCGGGGCCGAGGUUGCUGGCAACCCUCCAAAAAUUGGUGCCGUCUCCAAAGCAGCGCAGCUCCAAGUGGCUGAGCACCUCGGUGCCGGUCGACAAGUGGGACAGUCCGGAGGCUCGCUACUCCUCGGCGGAGUACCACACCAACAACCUCCUGGGCUCGGUCCUCUUCGAGGAGGCCUCGGUCUUCAUCCCUAAGGACGCCAUCGCCAUCGAGAUAGCGCCCCACGGCCUCCUCCAGGCGAUCCUCCGGCGAUCGCUCGCCCCGACGGUCGCCAACAUACCCCUGACCCAACGGGGCCACGAGGACAACGUCCAGGUGCUACUCCAGGCGCUCGGAAAAAUGUACAACUGCGGACUCCAGCCCCAAUUGGCCAACCUGUAUCCGGCUGUGGCUUAUCCGGUGAGCCGGUCGACGCCGAUGAUAUCGCCGCUUAUCCAGUGGGAGCACUCCGAGGACUGGUACGUCACCAACUACAAGUCACAACAGAACAACACCUCCGGCGAGAGGAUCGUCAAGGUAGCCCUGACGGAUAGUGACUACGAGUCUAUGGCUGGCCACGUGAUAGAUGGGCGCAACUUGUUCCCGGCCACGGGUUACCUGUGGCUGAUCUGGCAGACCCUCGGGAUGAUGCAGGGCGAACUCUACAUCGAGAUGUCGGUGGUCUUUGAGGACGUCAAGUUCCUCAGGGCCACGCAGUUACCCAAAUCCGGGGAGGUCGAGUUCACUCUGAUGGUGCAAAAAGGAACCGGUAGAUUCGAGGUGGUCGAGGGUGGCGCGGCGGUCGUGACGGGGUUCGUGCGCUCAACCACGACUCCGGCCGCGGAGAAGAUCAAGACGACCAGGGCCCCGAGUAACGAGCCAGAGGUCAUGUCGUCCCGCGACAUCUACAAGGAGCUCAGGAUUCGUGGCUAUCAUUACACGGGCGUGUUUUGCAGCAUGAGAAGCUCAACGGCCAACGGCUUGAAGGGCCAGAUCGAGUGGUGCAACGACUGGGUCGCCUUCAUGGACAACAUGCUGCAGAUAAAGAUACUGGGCACCGACACGCGCGGCCUUUUUGUCCCGACGGGCAUCAAAAAACUCAUCAUCGACACCAGCGCCCACCUCAGCCAGAUCAAGUUCGGCGAGCAGGGCAAAAAGUUUCCGGUGUACGUCGACAAACUGAACGACACCAUAGUGUCCGGUGGCGUGGAGAUACGUGGUCUAAAGUCGAGUGCCAUCCCACGUAGGAAGCCGGCCGGCAAGCCGAUCCUCGAGGAGUACAAGUUUGUGCCGUUCGUCGACGCCGGCGAAGCUAGCCUGAGGGAGGUCGCCAAGGUCGUCUCUCAAAUCGCAGUGGAGAAUCACAUGGGCAUCAAAGUCAAGACCGUGGAACUCAUCUCGGAGCCCGACAAAAUCUCCCCGAAAGACGUCAUAUCGCCCUUGAUUGUCGAGUCCCUGGAAGACAUGCCGCUCAUCCAGGCGGAAACCAUCAUUCUCAGUACCAAGAGCAAGUUCAGCGAGGAGUUUGCCCUGCCCCCGAGUAUUUCCAUAGUCGAUCCGAAAAAGGCCAGCGCGGACGCGAAUUCUCUCAUGGUCGUUGGCCAUCGGCUCUUGACCGACACAUUGGCGGACAAUUUGGGUUUGUUGCUCCGUGAGGUCAAGCCAAACGGAUUCGUACUGACUCGUGAAAACGCAAGCGACGCCAGUAAGUUGGACCAGCUUGCUCAGAGCAGGGACUUGACCGUUGUUCUGGCCAAGAGGCACGAAAGUCACGUGUUCGUUCUUCUGAGAAGGCAGGAAAAGUUGCGAGCCCAAAUUUACGUUGUGCACGUCAACAACGAGAAGCUCGACUGGGUCGACGACAUGCGCAAGGUCAUGGCUGAGGCCCUGAAGAACGAAAAUACCGCAAACUCGCGAGUCCUCCUCGUUGGCCAGGGGAACUUUGAAAACGGUCUCAUGGGCUUGAUCAACUGCCUGAAGCUCGAGCCAGGUGGCGAAGUAGUUCGCGCAGUCCUCGUUCAAGAUCCGAGGGCUCCGAAAUUCGAUUUACAAGAUCCCCUGUUCGCCAGCCAGGUGAAGAAGGACUUGGUGAUAAACGUCCUCCGCGAAAACGGGGCCUGGGGAACUUAUCGGCACGUGGCCCUGCCACCGGUCGAACCAAAGCCAGUUCGCUAUGGAUGGGUCAAUCAGGCGGUUCGUGGUGACUUGAGCUCAUUAAUUUGGCAAGAAGGCCACGUGCAAACGAACAAGGAAGCCAAGAACAUCGUCGGCAUUUACUACUCCAGCGUCAAUUUCAAGGAUGUGAUGCUGGCAACGGGGAAACUAGCCGUGGAAGUCGUAGCCAAGACGAGGCUGAGCGCGGAGAGCGUCAUCGGCAUCGAGUACAGCGGUAUCGACAGCUCGGGUAGGCGCGUCAUGGGCAUGAUGGAGAGCCGAGGACUGGCCAAUUUGUGCGUCGGAGAUCCCGACCUCAUGUGGCAAAUCCCCGACAACUGGACCCUCGAGGACGCGGCUACCGUCCCCUGCGUCUACGCGACCUGUUACUACGCCCUUUACCAAAAUGGCCAAAUGAAAAAGGGCGACAAGGUGCUGAUCCACGCGGGUACCGGUGGCGUGGGCCAGGCGGCCAUACACCUGGCCCUGUACGAGGGCUGCGAGGUUUUCACGACCGUGGGCACCCCGGAGAAGAGAAAGUUCAUCCGCGAGCACUUCCCCCAGAUUCCGGACAACCACAUCGGCAACUCCCGCGACACCAGCUUCGAGCAGAUGAUAGCCGAGCAGACGGAUGGCCAAGGCGUGGACAUCGUUCUCAACAGUCUCGCGGAGGAAAAGCUUCUGGCGUCGGUGAACUGCCUGGCUUGGGGUGGACGCUUUUUGGAAAUCGGCAAGUUCGACCUGUCGGCCGACAAUCCCCUGGGCAUGGAGUGUUUCCUGCGCGAAAUCAGCUUCAAGGGCAUACACCUGGAUCGCGUCAUGACCGCGGACAGCCGGGCCAAGCGAGAGUUGCAGAUGCUCAUGGCCCCGGGGCUCAAGAAUGGCGCGAUCAAACCACUGGUCAGGACCGUCUUCCCGAAAGACCACGUAGAGACGGCUUUCCGGUACAUGGCGGCUGGUAAACACAUGGGCAAGGUAAUCAUCAAAGUAAGGGAGGAAAAGGAGCCAAUAGAUACACCGAUAUCGGCCUAUCCGCGUUACUACUGCCUCGCCGAUCGGAGCUACGUAAUUUUAGGUGGCCUCGGCGGAUUUGGCCUCGAACUAGCUGACUGGUUGGUCUUGCGAGGAGCAAGGAAUUUAGUCCUGACGUCCCGAAGCGGGAUAAAAAAUGGCUUUCAAACGAUGCGCAUCGAGAUAUGGAAGAGUUACGGGGUCCGGGUGAGCGUGGUAGCCGGGAAGGACGCCUCCGUGCCGAAGGAUUGCCAGUCCAUCCUGGAGACCGCCGCUGGCCUUGGCCCUGUGGACGGGAUAUUUAAUUUGGCGGUCGUGCUCAACGACUCGCUGUGGGAGAGCCAGACGCAAGAAUCCUUCCGGGAGUCGUUGCGGACAAAGGCUUGGGCAACCAAAAAUUUGGACGCGCUUUCGCGCAAGCUGUGCCCCGGGCUCAGGCACUUUGUCGUCUUUUCGUCGGUAUCUUGCGGAAGGGGCAACGCCGGCCAAUCAAACUACGGGAUGUCCAACUCCGUGAUGGAGCGAAUCUGCGAGAGACGCGCGUCCGAGGGCUACCCGGCACUUGCGGUCCAAUGGGGCGCCGUGGGCGACGUGGGUCUCGUCGCGGAGAUGCAGAUGGACCACAAGGAAUUGGUCAUCGGCGGGACCCUCCAGCAGGGCAUAUUCUCUUGCCUGCACGAGCUCGACGGGCUGAUGCAGCAGAAACGAGCCGUCGUGUCCAGCAUGGUGGUGGCCGAGAAGAAGACCAGCGGAUCCGGCGUCCUCAGCAUCACCGACACGGUUCUCAACAUCAUGGGUCUCAAGGACUUGAAGGGCGUGAGUCCGAACGCCUCGCUGGCCGAGCUGGGGAUGGACUCGAUGAUGUCCGUGGAGAUCAAGCAGACCCUCGAGCGCGAGUUCGACGUUUUCCUCACGGCCCAGGACAUUCGGGGCUUGAACUUUGCCAAAUUGCAGGAGAUGACCGUGGAGGCGGAGAACGCCCAGCAACAGCAGUUAAACACGACCUCGGGCGAGGUGGGGCCCGACGCGGAGCAGCAGGUAAACCUGAGGCCAGCGUCGCGUCUACUCGGCGACGGCAACGUCAGCCUCGAGACGUGCGUCAGGCUACUGACUAAGGAGGAGUCGGACAGGAGCGAGAUCUUCCUGAUACCCGGUGUCGAGGGUUUUGCUUCCGUGUUCAUGAGCUUGGCCUCGAAAAUUCGGGCGCCCGCCACUUGUCUGCAACUGGAGAUCAACAACGAUUGCCAGAGCAUCGCCUGCAUGAGUGACCUGUUGUUGCCGCACGUGCUGGAGAGGAGCAAAAAUCGCCAGGACUUCACUCUGGUGGGUUACUCCUACGGGAGUCUGUUGGCGAUAGAGUUGGCGAGACGACUGGAGGAGCGAGGCCUCGCCGGGCAAUUGAUCCUGAUUGACGGUGCCCCGGAGCCGGUCAAACUCAUGCAAAAGUGCUACACGCACAACAACAGCGACCAAGAGUUGCAAACCAAAGCCAUACUGGACAUCAUCCUUGUUCUGUCUCCGGCCCACGCUUCUAACUUAAAAACGGCACUAGAAAAGUGCCAAAAGUGGGAGGAAAAGGUGGAGGCUCUAGUGCAGAUUUACCCACCCUCGAGGCUCAACAUGUCGGACGAGAACUUCCGAAAUCUCUGCAAGUCCCUGUACAACCGGAUAAUUGCUCUGCAAACCUACAGCACGUCAAACAUGUCGCCGAUCAGAGCGCCGAUCACUCUGUUGAAGCCAACGAUUCCUAGUAUUCAGUACGACGCUGAUGAUUACGGUCUAUCUCAGGUAACGAAGAGCAAAGUGAGCGUGUACACCGUGCCGGGUAAUCACGUGACAAUGCUGGACAAUGAGAGGAUUGCGAGCGUAAUCAAUGGAUGCGACGUUGAGGACACGAAUGCAUUCAAGGCCGAAAUAUUAGGAAAAAGUAAAAAGCUAUGAAAAAUAAUAACGCCCACUUGAUCAUCAGAACAAUGAUGGAAAUAUAUAGUGUACAUUCGUCGCCCGAUGUUGGAACUUUGCACGUUCAAAUUUUCCACCAAUGUAUUUCUCUUAACGUUUAAUUAACUAAUCCCUAGUUUGUAGUGUGUAAAUGAUCAAUAAUCAUAUGUGUAUGAUUAAACACGCGGAUUUCCUUUUACUUGUGUUACAUACUAUAACCGCCAUAUAUUACGCACACCCAAGUGCAACCAAACACUUUUAAACUUGAAGGUUCCAAUUGCGCAUUAUAAAUGUGAAUAAUCAUUUCAUUUGAAUAAAGCCAACUUGAGUAAAAUCUCACAAUUGUUUUAA